GAUGAGGAGGGAGAGGUGGGGAAGUUGGUGAGGGAAGGGGGGAUUUAGUGAACAUUAUGUACCUCACCAGCAUAGAAUGCACAGAAGCUGCUGAGCUAUAUGGGCCAAGCGCUUUAAGUGAAGCUGAUAUGGACAAAUUUUUUAGCACUACUGGAGGAGUGGCCAUCCCCAAGAAGCCAAGGAAGAAGUCAAAGACUUCAACCAAGCAAGUGGAUGAGGGAGGAGUUGGAAAGGAGGUAGUGCCCAACACUUCAGCCGGGGUGGAGGAGGAAGAGGAGAGGGGGAGCGAGGUUCCCCAGUUUGUACCUCGGCCUCCUCCUGUUGAGCUCGACCCUGAGCUCAGGGAGUUUGAGGAGGGGGCUGAGCUGCAGAAGGAGAAGGAGGAGCUGGAGAAGAAGAAUAAGGAAAUGCAAGAGGUGCUGGACGAGGUGGUUCCAGCAGUGAAACAGCUAGAGCAAGAGAGGGCUUCCCUGAGUACCAAGCUCGUCUUUGAAGAGAGCAAAAGAAAAAUCUCUGAAAGCGAGCGUGAGGCUCAGGAGAAGGAAAUAAAGCUUAUGAAGGAAGCUUAUAUGGAGCUGAAGAAGAAUGUGCAAAUGUUGGUGCACAAUGGGAUGGAGGAGCACAUCAGCAACUUCAUCAGCUCCAGCUCAUUUGACAACAUCGUCAACCUCUACCGGCUACCAACUGCCAUCCUCACCUUCACAGAUUCUAGAAAGAAGGUGAAGGCUGAAUAUCCCAAAGUGGAUGUUACAAAGAUUACCUUCGGCGAGCAAGAAGAGGGAGUGGAGGAGAAUUGUGAGAGCAUGUCAGCAGACUUCCGUCUUGAGAUCAAACUGAGGUGGGAUCAUGAUGCAGACGGAUGCACUGUUUUCCUUCCAAAGUUCGACUUCGAGUUCGUUGCAGUAGAGAAAGAAGAGGCAGAGGUAGAGGAAGAUGAAGUGGGGGCAGGAGUAGAAGGAACUGAAGUGGAUGAUAGUCAACCAGCUCCAGAAGUGGAGAUUCAUCUAGUUCCUUCUGACGAUGAGUAGCCUCCUCUGCCCGAUGAGCAGGAGCCAACACAGCCACCUCUUCCAGCUGAGUAGGAGCCAGUUCAGCCACCUCCUCCAACAGAAAAAUAAUUUUUGUUUUUUAAUUUUUCUUUGAUAUUUUGUUGUAAUAACAGUAAAACAAUUUGUUAAUACUUUUAUUACUUCAAAUGAAAAUUUUGUUUUGAA